GGUCGUUUAACGUCCGCUCAGCAAAUGUAAAAGUGUUUCAACUGGACGCGCUUCGCCCAACGUCCUUCCGACGCGCGUCGCGUUCCCAGCUGUGGAGCAAACAGUUUGAAUGAAGGGGCGGGACUGAAGUCCGCGGGAGGCUGGAUGUCAAUGAACCCUCCGGUGUCUCUUUUCACACAUUUCACACAUCCGCGUGUCCCGCUGACUGACAACCGCCUGCAUGGACCAGUUUGCAGAUGAUUUUUCAUUUGAUGUUGUUAGAAAUCCCAUGAGGUCCGUCGGCCGCAGGAGCAGGGAGAGGAUGCUCUGCGCCGGGCGGAAGGUUUUCAGAUAAGGUGCAGCCAGCUGGUGUUUGGACGAGUCUGUUUCUUCGCGAGCAAAUAACUUUCUGGCCUCGAGAAAAAGUUCUGCCCUCCGAGUGAAGCCCGAGCGGACACGACGAUGAACGAGCCAACGAUUGAUCCGUCGAUAAGGACCUUACCUGCGACCAUCCCGACCCUUAUGUUCAUCCUGGGGGUGGUCGGGAAUGUCAUCGCCAUCGCAGUUUUGUGUAGGACUCGCAGAGAGAAAAAGGAGACCACGUUUUACACGCUCGUGUACGGCCUGGCGGUGACGGACCUCAUGGGCACGCUCCUGGCCAGUCCGGUCACUAUAACCACUUACAUGCAGGGAAAGUGGCCCGGAGGGGACCCGCUGUGCCAGUACAUGGGCUUCAUCUUGCUCUUUUUCUCCCUGGCGGGACUCAGCAUCAUCUUUGCCAUGUCUGUGGAGAGAUACAUCGCUGUGAACCAUCCCUACGUCUACAACGACCACGUGAGCCAGAAACUUGCCGGACACACCCUGGUGGCCAUCUAUAUCUCCAAUGCGCUCUUCAGCGCGUUGCCCGCCAUCGGCUUCGGGCAGGUGGUGAUGCAGUACCCGCAGACCUGGUGCUUCUUGGAUUGGCGAACCAACCACACCACCCAUGCCGUCUACUCCUAUCUGUACGCCAGCAUCAGCAUUUUGCUCAUCUUCGCCACUGUCAUCUUUAACGUGCUGUUGUGCGUGGUUCUGAUUCGGAUGCACAAGAACUUCUUGCGCAGGAUGUCGCAGGGAACCGACUCCGGGUGCACCGUGGACUCGUGGAAGAAAUCGACCAACUUAGCACAUCUGGCCGACACAGAGAUUCAGAUGGUACUUGUGCUCGUCGCCACAACGACCGUGGUGCUCAUCUGCUCCCUCCCACUUAUAGUCCAGGUGUUCCUAAACCAGCUUUAUAAGCCUCCAGUGGAGCUAAACAUUGCAAAGAGCCCAGAUUUACGGGCAGUUCGCUUCGCCUCCUUAAACCCUAUCCUGGACCCCUGGAUCUACAUCCUUCUGCGUAAAUCUGUUUUAUAUAAAGUUAUUGAGAAAAUCAAGUAUACAUUUGCCAAAACAGGAAUAAGAAGAAGGUCAGUGGCAAUUACCCUUUCAAGUGCUCACCAGCCCCCUUCCACCAGCUAUCAUUCUGGGAGCUCUGAAGACCCACAGAUGGUCAGGCUUAACUCUAAGACUUUCCUCCACGUGUCGGAGGUCAAGGAGACAGCUACUGAAAGGCAGCUGCAGCAAACCAAACCGAGUGACUCAGAACAGAGCAAAGGAACAAGCACAUUCACAGAUUUAACAGUGGUCGCCUGCUCUGAAGACCCACAGAUGGUCAGGCGUGACUCUCAGGCUUUGCUCCACGUGUCGGAGGUCAUUGAGACAGCUACUGAAAGCCAGCUACAGCAAACCAAACCGAGUGACUCAAAACAGAGCGAAGGAACAAGCCCAUUCACAGAUUUAACAGUGGUCGCCUGCUCUGAAGUCCCUCAGAUGGUCAGGCGUAACUCUCAGGCUUUCCUCCACAUGUCGUUGGUCAUCGAGACAGCUACUGAAAGGCAGCUACAGCAAACCAAACCGAGUGACUCAAGGCAGAGCGAAGGAACAAGCACAUUCACAGAUUUAACAGUGGUCGCCUGCUCUGAAGUCCCUCAGAUGGUCAGGCGUAACUCUCAGACUUUCCUCCACAUGUCGAUGGUCAUUGACACAGCUCCUGAAAGCCACCUACAGCAAACCAAACCGAGGGACUCUGAACAGAGCGAAAGAACAAGCCCAUUCACAGAUUUAACAGAGGUCACCUGCACAGAAGAUCACUGAUCACAGUGGAGGAGAAAUGCAUUCAGCUUCUUUCUGAAUAAGGAUUGCUGACAUCCCAUAUUUCAUAGCUGAGGCAGAAUGUCAGUUAUUUCUCCAUGGGAGAAGAUGUACAUUUCUUUUAGAAAAAAGAAAAUAUGGAAACAUAAAAAUGGACACUGAACUGAUAUUUUGUGACUCAUGCACAUGCGGUAGGAAAGCUCUGUUGUUGUGAACAUAGAUGCAGAUGGCACGUUCUCAUUGGAAAACAACACUAGUCUGCUUGGAAACUGCCUUUUUCCAGCAAAAGAAGCACUACAAUUUGCAUUAAACAAGUUUUUACUGGCACUGAUGUUGUUGAGCUCUGAUGCCGAAAAUAAACAAUGUCUGCACAUCAAACUAGA